CCGUCAGUCAGGUUGGGUCCUCCGGUCCAGCAGGUUCGGUUGCACUGGGAGGAGUGAGAGGCCUUGGCGUUGCGGCCGGGAGCCCGGGGCUCGGUUUUACGGUCUCGCUGCACCCCUCUCCACCCACCUCUCAUUGGCCGGGCGCCGCCUCUCGGGGAUGCGUGGCCACUUCUGGAGCGACUGCUGACGGGGGGGAAGGGAAGCUAAGGUGGGUGGCACGGUCCAAGCACUGACCGUAAAACAGCCGUGACCGGCACAGACUGAGAUCGGGAGCAGGCUGACUGGUGGGGAGUUGCCAAUCUGUGUCCAGUCUGCAGUGAUCCCACAGGUCUGACGGCCUGCGAUCAACUUGGAGGAGGGUUCUGUGAUGACGCCCUAGAGUGUCGAGGAGACCCCUCGGUGGUCGGCUGGCUCGACCUCACCGUAUCAUGUGAUCUGCCGCAUGGAAGAUCCCACAGGCUGUCCUGCGGGUGAUGGAUUGACCUCUGACCUGUCCAGAUGCAGAGCUGGCCAAUGAGCAGUAGGACUUCAUGAUCACAUGACUGUCGACAUGGAUACUGUCCUGUCAGACUUCGUUCGCUCAACGGGAGCGGAGCCCGGAUUGGCUCGGGAUCUGCUCGAAGGCAAGAACUGGGACCUGACGGCAGCUCUCAGUGACUUCGAGCAGCUCCGGCAGGUGAACGCCGCCAGCCUGCCGUCCGCGUUCAACGAGGCCCGUGGGCUCAGGGCGCUGGACAAGGAGGCCCCGCGGCCACUGAGGCCCACGCUGCAGCGGUCCGAGGAGGCUGGUCAAGAGAAACGUCUGGCCCGGGGCAUCUCGCACGCCAGCUCGAGCAUCGUGUCACUGGCUCGCUCCCACAUGUCCAGCAAUGGCAGCAGUGAGCACUCGCUGGAGACACCUGUCUGCACCUUCCAGCUGCCCGACCUGACCGUGUACCGCGAGCAGUUCCGUAGCUUCAUCGAGCGCGACCUCAUCGAGCAGAGCAUGCUGGUGGCCCUCGAGCAGGCGGGUCGGCUGAACUGGUGGGCACACGUGGACGCGGGCUGCCAGCGCCUUCUCCCUCUGGCCACGACCGGCGAUGGUAACUGCCUGCUUCAUGCCGCCUCCCUGGGGAUGUGGGGGUUCCACGACCGGGACCUGAUGCUGCGCAAAGCCCUGUACACCACCAUGGGGAAAGGGGCAGAGAAGGAGGCACUGAAGAGACGGUGGCGGUGGCAGCAAACACAACAAAACAAAGAGUCAGGCCUGGUGUACACAGAAGAGGAAUGGCAGAAGGAGUGGAAUGAGCUGAUCAAGCUGGCAUCCAGCCAACCCCGGGUUCACUACAGCGGCAAUGGCAACGGCUGUACAGGGAGGCUGACCACGGCGACCUUCCCUGCAUUAAACAGUGCGGACAGCAGCGAAGAGCCUGUCUACGAGAGUCUCGAGGAAUUCCACGUCUUUGUGUUGGCACAUGUGUUGCGAAGACCCAUCGUUGUGGUGGCAGACACCAUGCUCAGAGACUCGGGUGGAGAAGCCUUUGCCCCGAUUCCGUUUGGUGGCAUUUACCUGCCUCUGGAGAUCCCAGCAAGCAAGUGUCACCAUUUACCCCUCGUGCUGGCCUACGAUCAGGCCCACUUCUCCGCCCUGGUCUCCAUGGAGCAGCAAGAUCCCAACAAAGAGCAAGCCGUCAUCCCCCUGACUGAUUCUGAACACAACUUGCUUCCAGUUCACUUCGCCGUGGACCCAGGGAAGGAUUGGGAGUGGGGGCGGGACGACAACGAUGAAGUCCGGCUGGCCAGUGUGACGGUUUCCCUGGAGGCGAAGUUGCAUUUGCUACACUCCUACAUGAACGUGACCUGGAUACAGGUGGCCUGCGAGCCUCGGGCACCCCUGGCUCAGCCAGAAUCGCCCAGCGCCUCGGGAGGCGACGAUAGCCGAUCGGUGGCAGAGUCUGACCGGGAAUCCGACAAGGAAUCAGUGGGCAGCGGUUCGAACGGCGGCAGCAGCGGAGGAGGAGGGGGCCGGGACAAGUGCCGCCGGGACAAGGAAACCAGGAGGGCCGAGUCGGUGGCCAACAAGCUGGGCAGCUUUGGCAAGAGCCUGGGCAGCAAGUUACGCCGCAACAUGGGCUUCAUGCACGGCAAGGGGGGCCAGGACAAGGCCCGGAAGAAAGGCUCGCUGAAGGGUCAGAAGGCGGGUGGGAAGGAAGGCUCGCCCCCAGGAUCCGGGACGGGGACAGAGAGCGGUCCCUGCACCAGUGAUGUCCAGCUGAGCCUCAGCAUCCUGCGGGCCGCCAUGCAAGGCGAGCGCAAGUUCAUCCUGACCGGCCUGCUGAGCGCCAGUCACCGGCACCCCUUCCAGGAGGAGAUGAUCCAGCGGUACCUGAGUGACGCCGAGGGCCGCUUCCUGGCUGAGCAGGAGGCAGCCAGGGAGGAGGCCGACAUCGCAGAAGGAGUGGGCCUCUCCCCGGCCACGGCCCCGGGCUCUCCGACCAGCCAGCUGGCCUCCAGGCUCUCGGCCCGCCCCCCGGGCCUACUGAGCAUUCCCAGGCCAACCGUGAUAGGGCCCGGAGCCCAGGAGACCCGGAGACAGCUGGCGGGAGGGUCCAGACCCUGCCGGGAGCGGGGCAGGGCGCUGGAGGGCGGGACAGAGGGGGAGGACGGGGAGGUGGUGGGGGACAGGCCGGGGGAAGCGGCCCCCUGCCCAGCCCAGCCUCCGGUCCACCAGACCAAGUGCCGGCAGGCCAACUGCACCUUCUACGGGCACCCAGAGACGGGCAAUUACUGCUCCUGCUGCUACCGCGAUGAGUUGCGCCGGAGGGAGCGGGACAGCCUGUCCCACCAGCUCUGAGCAGUGGGGGAGUCCCAACCUGGAGGUGUCCCGCCCUGGCCCAGCGUGUCCCCAGCAGUCGUGAGAGCCGUGGAGCAGGGUACGGCAGAAAAUCCCCAGCAGCAGUGAGGAGUCCCCCGCCCACACCCCUCCUUCUCCACCCCGCCAGUUGGCAUUUGAGCAGCGAUGGGUGACUAGGUAUGAGAGAGGUUAAUUCACAGCUCCUGCCCACUCCUGCUUCCCCCCCCCCCCCCCCAGGGAUAACAGGUCCAAGAGGGAGUGAGCUCCCUGUGCUCUCUGGACUUCUCACCUCCGAUCUCUCAGCAUCCCAGCUUCCCUUCUUUUCCCUCCCACUCCCUCCUUUCACCCCCUCUGUCCGCUGACUGCCAUCCUGUGUUGCUGCCAGCUGGGCUAAUUUCUCCCACCUCUGCCCCUUCCCCAACCACCCUGAAUCUCCACACUCCCCCACCAAAGGCCUUUGGACUUCCAGCAUUGCCUUGGUGUGAAACAGCUGUUGCGGUUUGUCAGAGCACGGGUGGCAGUCGGUGUCUGAGUAAAUACCCCCAGCCCCGUCAUGGUACAGAGCCUGUCCCCACGACCGCUGCAAGGAGCUCCGCUCCCCGUCGUGGUUCCGAAUUCAACUGGACUCUUGGGAGAAAGCACUGCGGGGGCAGUACAGAGGGAGUGUUUAGUGGUGGUAGGGUGGGGAGUUGGAGGGAGCGGCGCAUUGGCAGUACUGAGG